GUUCGUGGUAUACGAUUUGAAAAUUAAAUGUACGUUAGGAGCUGUUGUCAUUUUACGAGGGAAUCAGUUAGCAAAAUCGAAGAUUUGAGGUGCAAUAGCGUUAUCAUAUCGACAGUCAGUUGGAACAGAGUUGCGUGUGAAAUUGCCAACAAUUCGAGGAGGGUUAAGAUGUAAAUACCGUACAGGCAGAAAGUGGAGGUUUUAAUCGGAUCCCUCAGCCGUUGACUGAAGAUCUUCAGUCAACGCCUCAGCUGUGAAGCCGCGUUGUUAAACCUCCGUGAGAAGCGAUCGCAAAGGUGAAAAUGCCGCGAACAAAGCAUAUCCGUAAAACAAAAUCGAUCGUGGCGGGCGAGGACGGCGGUCUGCUACUCAAAGAUUUCGAGAAGCAAGUGCAGCUACGGCUGCACAAAAUGCAGGUAGAAUUCGAGGGGCGAUUGAACAGGAUCGAGACGCACUACCGCAUGGCAUCUUCCCGUCUACCCCAAUCACUGACGAAGUUGACGCUCCGCGACAUACUCCAAAUAACGUCAGACGAAAACGAUGCGAGUGAACAAUGCGAGGUGAGCUCCUCUAUCGACGUCGACGAGACGAAUUCGCCCACCCCGAAGACGGUCAGGCCGACGAGGGCCUCGAAGCGCACGACAACCGCUUCUGACGACGGUUACGCGACGGAGGUCGGAACCACGACGAAUACGACGAAUCAAAAUCAUCUGGCCGUCCCGGCGGCCUCGACAAAGACGCGUAAAAUGAGGACGCGGAGUUCGUCCGCAAGCGGGAAAACAAAACUUUGCGAAAUCACCCUCGCGCCCAAAACCUCCAGGAAAGAGGAACGAGGCGCUUCGUCUGCUAUUAAAAACAAAUUCAAGACUCCAGCGCCGCUGCUCAAGCCUCACGGAAAAGAGUACGCCCUCGUCACCCCCAAAGUCAAGCCCAACACACCGUUGAGCGUGAUGAGACGACCUCGUCAGGGGGAAAUGGCCCUCAGUAUGCAGGGCAGUCCGCUCCUAGUGACAUCUGUGGUUAAUGAGAAUGUCGCCAAUGUCAAUGUGCCCUUGGAAAAUGGAAGGGUCCUUUCUCUGCUGCCCAACGAUGGACUCCGGCUAUCGUACCUACCGGAAUUUGACGCAGAGACGAGACGUCAGUUAGUUACCCUAAAACAGCAUUUAGAUAAGGUCAUCGGGUCCUAGUAUGUAACGUUCUGUACUUCUCGUUCUUAUUGUCUUCUUGAUUAGAUUGAAUCAUAUUUUUCUAUACAUAUUUAAUGUAAUUUUUAUACACGUUUCCACAUCAUGGGACUCAACGUGAUUAACUACAUGUGAGUGAUACGUGGAAAAGAUAAGGAUAGACUUGUUGGUGUUUGAGUACCUACUUUAUUCACUCGGAUUAUCAAUGUAUUAAUCCCUUAAACCACCUGCUACUCCAUCUUAUGUGUAUAUUGAUACUCAUCGUCUGAAGUAAUUAAUUUACUAAAUUACAUGUCCAGUUUCGUCAUUACAGCUUCAUCCAAUUCUUUCUCCCUUUUAUCAAGGAUUAGUGCUGAAACACUUGCGUGUCGAAAGUUUAUAUAUAUAUUUCAUUUCAAACAGUAUUCAUUCUUACAUUACAAUUAUAAUCCCCACCCUUUAUCAUUAUAAUUUUAUUAGAAAAAAAACUUGCUUGUAGUAGCAGUUUGUAAACAUAUUCAAGUUAAGGAAUUUAAUUGUCAUGAGUCAUCGAAUAUCUGUAUCUAAAGAAUGUGGAUAGCAAAUAUUUCAGAAUAAUUUACAUGAUUUUUGUUUCAUAAUAUCUGACUGUAGCAAAAUGUAAAAAAUAUUUGGACAUUGAUCAAUUUUUUGACCAACAUGCUCUAAAACUGUGCCACACUAUGUCUCAUUCUAGAGCUUUACAUAAAGAGGCAAAAGCUUUUGAGAAUGUGAAUGAAAGAGGCUGAUUAAGGACAUUUCUUUGUUUCCACUUAAUAUUAAUACAUAGCUUAUAAAUGCAUUACUAAGAAGUUAGACAUAGUAAGUCGUGCCUUUCAAAUAUGACUGACGCAAAGAGUGUCUUGUGUGGUCGGUGAGCACUAAUAAAUUAGAUUAUGAAUUUCUAACACACUGUAUAACAUUUGCACCUUCCUACUUGGAUGUGAUUAAUUUUAUUAUACUCUAUACAGUUUAUAGAUUCAUACUUUUAUUAUAAUUGGCAUUUAGAAUUCCUAGGUAACGUUAACUGAUU